UCUCAGAGGUCCUGGCGGUAGUGUGUGUUGUCGAUGGGAGCCCAGUUCCUUACUCUUCUCAGCUGGACACGCACACACUCUUGCUCACAGGCAGUCAGGCAGACAGGCAGACAGACAGACAGACAGACAGACAGACAGACAGACAGACAGACAGACAGACAGACAGACAGGCAGACAGACAGGCAGGCAGGCAGGCAGGCAGGCAGGCAGACAGGCAGGCACCAUGACCCUUACUUGGGACACCCACAGCACUGCGACCUAUGACAACAAAUGCCUCCCUCUGAACUGAACUAGACGUUUAUUUGGGACACUGAAAGCAGCUGGACGACGCAGAAAUCCACAACAACACAGAGGCACAAGGAACUACCGAGGAGGGAUUUUCUGCUGUAUCUUCUGUGGAGGAGGAGAGUUUUUUUUGCUCAUUGUUACUGCAGUUGCUGAACCGGUGGAAUUAACCAUCUAUGAGUGUGAAGAGGAAAAAGGCCAGCAUGGUGUUCAGCUGGCAGAAGUCUUUCUCCAUCCUCACCCCUUGGAGGAAAGGGAAAGGGGACAUGGUGCUGGAGAGUGAAGUUGUCCUCACCAAGAUGAAGCUCUUCAACAACUCCCAUGAAAAACUCCUUAACGGUGACGACUCUGCGUCCACAAUAUCCAUGUCAGUAUCUGAGCAGGACAUCUCAGAACACGUCAAAGCCAUGGAGGGGAAUUCGGACCUCGAUAACAUACCUGGAUCGCCUCUUAUGGAGUCAAGCUCAGACUACCUGUCUGUUAUUUUUUCUGACACUAAGCUCCCAAGGCUUUACAAAUUUGAGUCUGAGGACUCUGGAGUAGAACUGCCCAGUGGGGCUAACUCUCCGUCCACGCCCACUGGCUCGGAGCAGAGCUUUGUGGUGCAUAGCCGGGAGCCCUCCUGUGACUCCUGUAACCUGAACAAUCCCGUCCUAACCUCUGACCCACUCUUUUCACUCGACCAGCGUUCAGAAUCCAGCGAGACAGAGAACUCGAAUGAUAACUCAUUAUGUACGACUCUGGACACUCGGGAGUACACUGUUGUAAACCCAGAGACUGAACUUGGCUCUGAAAUUGAGAGGCCAGAGCUACACGUCACUAAGGAGGCCACAGAUGUGGAAAGGACCCAGGGUGAAGCCUUGGGGGACACCUUUGAGAAAAAAGAGUUGACCUCUGAACAGCUUGUGGAGAAUGAGGCUGUUACAGAGGAGUUCAACUCAGAAAAUUUUAGGCCAAGAAGCCCAUGCUUUGCUGGGGCCUGUGACAGCAUGACAGGAGUUGAGACUGAACAGCAACCUCUAAGAAAAAGCUCUACAAUUGACAGCCUUGAGGAGUAUAUGGAAGAAUGCUGCAGACUCAGUGAGGUCCAGAAAGCCAACUCCAACCCCCUGGGCUCCGGUCUGGGCUACCUGGAACACAUCUGCCAGCUCAUUGAGAAGAUCGGCCAGCUCCAGGAGACCAACCUGGGACUCCAGAAACAGAUCUGCAGCCUGCAGAAGGACAACAGGAUGACCAAGACCAAAGAUGACUUCUUCCAGCAGCACUGUAGCUGUGGGGCAGCUAGUCUGGCUUUCCAGGACCUGAAGAAGCUCUCCAGAGGGGAGUUCCUCAACUCCUCCAACAGUACCUUGUCUGACCUGUCCACUAUCCCAGAGGUCACGCGCCACCCGGCCCUCACAUUACGGAGAGAUGUUGGCAGUGAGGCUGGAUGCCAAUCUCUGGGGUCUGUGCCUCUGUGGAGGCGAGGUCUGAACCGGAGGAGCUACACGGAGGGGGAAGCGCGGUAUCUCUGUGACAGCUCCGAGCGGCUCUCUGCCCCCCACAGACGGCAGAGUGAGAAUUACACAUGGGGGCGAGUGAAAGACCUGGUAAAGAAGAGCAAGCUACGAAACCAGAGCAGACUGAGUCUGACCUCCACGUCCCUGAAGAUGUCCUGUCCACAACUCUACCGGCCUGACCUGGGACCAGUGGACUUGCCUGGCAGAAACCGAAACUCAAUGAUUGCCCUGGGACAUCAGAACAAAAUGGACAUGCCCUGGCUACAGUAGAAAAGCAGCAAGAUAAAGAACAGAUGGCCUGAAGUGGGAAGAGAUUCUGAAGAGGAGGACACAGUGAAGUUGCACAGAUUUUCGACUGGAAAGGAGGAGUACGAAAGGAGGGAUGACAUUAGGGUAAAUAGUAGUGAUGAAUGACAAAAAGUGUGAAGAGAGUAUACUAAAAAAAGGAUGGAGAUGUAUCUCUGUUAAGAUAGUUUUGGAAAACAUGUAUUGCAGUUAAGGGAACAUUGGUGUAUUCAAGAUGUGAGGUUUGUUUACUCCACAAUGUUUUGCGUUAUACUUUUAUGUGUUUUGAUGAUGCAUUAUCUAAACGAAACUAAUAUACAGUAUGUACAUUUUACAGGCAUAUAUUACAACCCCUAAGUACAGUAUGCAAUAAUAAAGCAAAUAAUGACAAUAUCUUGAGGGACAGUGACUACCAGAUACUGAAGUUAACGUUGACUUUGACAAAAAGUGUAAUGGUUAUAACUAUUAAGUCGAAAACAUUAGACCACGUAAGCCUGUAUAUUGCAAUACUUUUUGGAUUUUGACACAAAUGUAAAUUAAUCCGAGAAGAGCUGCUAAUUUCUGCUGCAUGUGUCAUUUAUAUGAUGUGAUCCUUUCACAUGAUUUCAAAUAAUUUGAGAUAAAGAUUUGAGCGUAUUCCCACAUUCAAGAACCAUGCAAUCUUAUAACAUGUUUAAUGUGAAUUGUCUUGUUCAUUUGAACAAUAAAUAUGUGUGUAUUAUACAGGGAUGGCUUAUUCCAGUGUGUGAUGUACACAUUGAAAGUCCAUGUGGUGUGUGUCUGUGUGUGUGUUUGAGUGUCUGUAUGUAUCUAAAAUGUAUGUAUGUAUAUAUUCAAGAGGUGUAUAUUAACUCCUGCUUUACUGUUAUGUGAAGAAGAAGGUUUAAUAUGUUAAAAAGGGCUUCAUUGAACACUAAAAUAAAUUGUAUACCAUUAAGGACUACCAUCAGAAUAUUACAUAAGAAAGUCUCUUUUCCAUUAGUCACUUAUCUUUUUCUCGCAGUGGUAUGGUAUGCUGGUCCAUAAAUCAUAACAUUAUCCAUCUGUUUAUUUGAAACAUUGAACUCAAAACUGUUAAGAACCUGGGAGGAAAAUUCAUCAAUCACAAAAUGUAUUUCAUCAACGACUGCUACACAUGUUGUGGAGACUUCCUGAUGAGUUGAACACGAGGAUAAAAGGUUGUACUUGACAAGCUAACAGUGAUUUAGUAUUCCCUUAACUCUUACAGGACAUCACUGAGGCUCCCUAGUCUAACUGUGGAGGGAAUAAGAAAGUUAGAACAACAAUUUUCAGAAGGUUUUGAAAAUACUAAACUCUAGAAUGGAUUUAGCUGGAAGUCAGAUUUGAUAAGCUACUCCUGGACAUGUUAUAACAUCAAAACGUUUGAGUUGGUUUUCACAUUGUGUAUUUACUGUAACCAACAGAGUUAUGUGUUAUAUGUGAGCAAUAUAACAGACUAGUAGAAUGGUAAGGGCUACUACACACAUGCUAACAACGUGCUUCUAAAUACAAUGAAAUAAUGGUGUACUCAAGCUGUGUAAUGUACAAUAUGUGCCUCUAGAUACAAUUUGCUUUGAAAAGUAUUGAGGAAAUCUCAAGAGGCAGUAAAUACUUAUUUGCAUGUCAGAUAUAUGUAAUUAACUGUCGAGGAGUUUCAAGAUGAAAUAUGGUGACGUGUAUGUAAAGAAUAUUGUACUUUGUUUUGGAAAAUGUAUUUUAAUGUGCAUAUUGUAUCAUUUUUCAAAUAUAUUUUUAAAAAUAAAGCCGUUUUUGACACUAGAUCAUUAAUGUUG